AUGGCCAUGCAUUCCCAUCACAAGUUUUCUUGCGUUCAUGCCAAGUAUAACAUGAACGCAGGUUUCUCGGUUGAUCCGAGAAUUUUGUCCUCGAAAUUCCUAUNCCUUCCCCUCGAUUACCAGACCUUGCUUUCAUCCUCCAACUUCCGCGAUCGGAUUCCUAUGUUCGGAUCCGAUGAACUGGUUUCCUCUACUUCCGCCAUAUCCGAAGCCGAAGCACCUUCCACUACUCCAGAUUUUCCGCUCCCAGAAGAUGUUCAUGUUCUCAGCCUCACCAAGGCCAAAAUUCUCUCUCAUCCUGCCUAUCCUCGUUUGCUUCAUGCUUAUAUUGACUGCCAGAAGGUUGGAGCUCCUCCGGAGAUAGCUUGCUUGUUGGAGGAAAUCCGGCGAGAAAACGACAGUCAUAAACAAAACGGCAUCACCACGUGCUUUGGAGCCGAUCCCGAGCUGGAUGAGUUCAUGGAAGCGUACUGUGACAUGCUGGUCAAGUAUAAAUCAGAUCUCUCAAGGCCCUUUCAUGAAGCUUCCUCCUUCUUGAACAACAUUCAACUGCAACUUUGCAACCUCUGUGCUGGUGCCUCCACCAGAAGCCCUUCCAAUGAGGAUGCCAUGUCAUCAGACGAUGAGCUUAACUGGGGAGAGAGGGAAUUGCAAGAUGGUCAAAUGAGGUUAGAAGACAAAGGUCUUAAAGAUAUGCUCUUAAGUAGAUUUGGUAGCCACAUUGGUACCUUGAAGCUGGAAUUUUCAAAGAAGAAGAAGAAAGGAAAACUGCCUAAAGAAGGAAGGAAAGUACUGCUCGAUUGGUGGAAUGUUCACUAUAAAUGGCCAUAUCCAACGGAAGCUGAUAAGGUUGCGCUGGCAGAGACAACAGGACUAGAUCCGAAGCAAAUUAACAAUUGGUUUAUUAAUCAACGAAAGCGGCACUGGAAACCAUCUGAAAGUAUGCAAUUUGGAAAUAUGGAUAAUGUGGCUGAACAAUUUUACGCUAGGCUUGACUCUUGAGAAUGAGGUGUACAUCGUCCAAAUGGGUAUAUAUUACAUGCUUUAAAAUCACUCACCAUGCUAAGCCAAUAGUUUAGCAUAUAUCUCCAAGAGCAAGCAAUUGUAUUCAUUACAUGGGUGGGAAAAGAUCAAAAUGGCUUCCAUACUUUUGUCUUGUAAAUUUCUGAAAUAAUUAACAUUAAUUAUGGAAAUGUUAAUCAAAGUUUGGAUGAUUUCUUUC